GCACAUGCUGUUUAGCCAGAGAUCAAGCACAGAGCCUCCCUGGGACUGCAGUCUCCUUUCAUAAGCUCUGGCGAAUCGGGAAAAGGGUAAGGAAAUAUGGUGAACCAAAGAGCUGACGUGGGUUGGCACUCUAAGAGUGAUUCCAGCGGGGCCAGUAACAGUGGAGAGAGCUCCAGAGAGAGCUCCAGAUGCUCCACCCCAGUACCGGACGCUGACCGCACCGACCGGCUACGGGACAAAAUGAAACGACGUAUCGAGUCAGGGGAUCACUGGUUCUCUUUAGAGUUCUUCCCACCUCGCACAUCGUCUGGAGCGGUCAAUCUUAUCUCUAGAUUUGACCGAAUGGGUUCCGGAGGCCCUCUCUUCAUUGACAUCACUUGGCAUCCCGCUGGAGAUCCGGGCUCAGAUAAAGAAACGUCUUCCAUGAUGAUAGCAAGCACAGCGGUCAACUAUUGCGGUCUGGAGAGUGUCCUGCAUUUAACAUGCUGCAAUCAGACAAAGGAGAAAAUAACAGACCAUUUAAAUAAAGCCAAGCGGCUCGGCCUAAAGAAUAUCAUGGCCCUGAGAGGAGAUCCUGUUGGGGAAGAUUGGGUGGAGGAAGAUGGUGGUUUUAACUUUGCGACAGAUCUGGUCAAACACAUUCGCCAUGAAUUCGAUGACUACUUUGAUAUCUGUGUAGCAGGUUACCCCACGGGUCACCCGGAGGCUGAGAGCUAUGAAGAUGACCUCCGGCACUUGAAGGAGAAGGUUGAUGCUGGAGCACACUUCAUCGUCACCCAGCUGUUUUUCAGAGCAGAAACCUUCCUUAAGUUUGUCAAAGACUGUCGAGCCAUUGGCAUCACCUGCCCGAUUCUUCCAGGAAUCUUCCCCAUCCAGGGUUAUCAUUCACUCCGCCAGCUGGUCAAACUCUCCAAACUUGAAGUGCCGGAGGAGAUCAAGCAAGUGAUUGAGCCCAUUAAGGAUAAUGAUGCCGCUAUCCGGAACUACGGCAUCCAGCAGGCUGUAGAGAUGUGUAAAGUUCUGCUGGCCAGUGGGGAAGUCUCCGGCCUGCACUUUUACACCUUAAACCGAGAGGUGGCCACCAUGGAAGUGCUCAGGCAGCUGGGAUUAUGGGCAGAGGAUCCACGGCGACCUCUGCCCUGGGCCAUCAGCGCCCACCCAAAGCGUAAGGUAGAAGACGUCAGGCCAAUUUUCUGGGCUUCCCGACCCAAAAGCUACAUCUACAGAACACAAGACUGGGAUGAUUUCCCUAACGGAAGAUGGGGGAACUCUUCUUCACCAGCCUUUGGCGAGUUGACGGAUUAUUACUUGUUCUACCUGAAGAGUAAGUCUCCUAAAGAGGCGCUGCUGCAGAUGUGGGGAGAGGAGCUCAUGAGCGAAGAGAGCGUUUAUGAAGUCUUUACCAACUACAUCACUGGACAAACCAACCGCAGUGGACACAAGGUGAUGUGUCUGCCAUGGAACGACGAUCCUCUGGCUCCAGAAACCAACCUGCUGAAGGAUGAGCUGGAGAAGGUGAACCGCAGAGGUGUUCUCACCAUUAACUCUCAACCCAACAUCAAUGGCAAAGCCUCUUCUGAUGCGAUCGUGGGCUGGGGUCCUGCAGGAGGAUACGUCUUUCAAAAGGCGUAUUUGGAGUUUUUCACAUCAAGUGAAAACGUUACUGCGCUUCUGCAAGUGCUGAAGAAAUAUGAACCACGUGUGAACUACCAAAUAGUCAAUGUGCAGGGCAGGAAUAUCACAAACGCCCAUGAUAUGCAGCCCAACGCUGUGACAUGGGGGAUUUUCCCAGGCAGAGAGAUCAUUCAGCCCACUGUGGUGGAUCCAGUCAGCUUUAUGUACUGGAAGGACGAGGCUUUCGCGUUGUGGAUUGAACAAUGGGCGAAGCUAUACGAGGACGAAUCGCCCUCGCGCAUGAUCAUUCAGUACAUCCACGACAACUACUUUCUGGUCAAUCUGGUGGACAACGACUUCCCGCUCGACAACUGUCUGUGGCAGGUGAUCGAAGACAUGUUUGCGCUCCUGGACUCUUCUCAAGUACCGCAGCAGGAGGCAAAUGAAUUGUAGCACCACUAUUCGCUGCUAUUUGAUCCAGAGACGUCUGAACGCACACUUUACUGUAAUGGCACAGUGUUUUUUUGUUUUGUUUUUUUAGUCAUUAUCAGCACUUAAUUCUUUGUCAGUAUAUUGGGGGAAAAGUGACAAACGUAGCACUAUACUCGAUGAUUUGCCUUAAUCUUUAAAGAGACUUAAGUUAGCCGGUUUGGGUGGCGUUUUCUUAUAUUUUAAGCUUGAUUUUUACCUAUUUAUAGACAGUAUUUUGGAUACUGCAGAUGUAUUGAAGCAGGUCAAAAUGUGUGGACAGAGAAUACGGAAUGUGGAUACUGUAUUUUCACUCAGGUGAAUCUUAUGUCAGGUCAUAUUUCUCUCAACAUUCUAGAGAACAUUUAGAUUUACUAAACGCCCUUAGAGAAGAAUAUAGUGCUGCACACAGCUAUUUUAGCUCUUAACUCUAAUUAAUGUGCAUUUGUAAGAGAUUCCCGUUAAGUUGCUAAUGGUAUCGGCAGUAUUUAAACAGAUCACGUAAAACGAUUAACAAACUUUCAACUUAUGGUCAUUUGCUAUAUUAUUCAAUGCCUAAAACUAAGCAUGUCAUAUAUUGUGUUUUCACCAAACACUGCGUCACUUGCUCUAGUGAUGGGAAGUUUGGAUCAUUUUACUGACUGAUUCGAGAUGAACGAAUCUUUUUUCGAGUCAUUUCGUUCAUUUGGUUCAAUUUGCCAAAAUAUUAUUAAAAUGUUACGAGUUGCUUCCAAACACAUCUACAACUAGCCCAAAAGGUUGAUCGCAUGACAAAUAAGUCAUGAAUAGAAUACGAUAAUAAGGAGAAAAUAAUAAUUCAGUGUUUACCUGCUCUUUUGUCUACGACGGUAUUAUUGUCUCUUUGCUCAGCUCACCUCUUUAUGUCCUCAAAUGUUAGUGGUUCGUUCAUGUUACACUGACAGUCACAUUUAAUCUUAAUCAAUGUACACAGUCUCAGAGUCGAUAGGAGCCAUGAUAAUUAGUUCACCUUUAAGUCUUCUCGUUCGUUCAUCAUGUGACAGAAUGACUCCCGAAAGAGGACUCGAGAGAUGAACGGAUCAAUUCUUUUUCCAGCUCUAAACGCAUAUGAUUGGCUUCUGCCUUUCCGCGAUGAACGACUCAAGACUUGAAAGGAACGAUACCACCUGCACAAAUGUGCGCACGCGCGGAUGAACGAAUCGCUCCCUGAGAGGACUCGUAAUUCCCGAGUCAUAUUGAAGAUUCAUUCAAAAUGAACGAAUCGCUCAUGAACGACCCAUCACUAACUUGCUCUCGUUUACCCAGGGGAUGUUUUUCCCCUAAAUACACUGAAAUUACAAAAAUUAAAUUUUUUUUUUUAAGUCAAGUAGUUGCAAACAAAUAGGCUGAAUUUAAACAAACAAAGUUGAGCAUAACCAAAUUUAAUUCAAACAAAAAUUGUAACAAACUUUUUUGGAUAUUUAGUGGAAUCGUUUAGCCAAAAUUGAAUACUCGUAUUGGAAAACCAACAUUUUUGUUUAACUAUGGAAAGCAAGCGAAUAUUUUAAGACACAAAAAACUACAAGAUGGAGACGGUUUAAUUCAAGUCGAGACAGUUGUUUUAUAUAAAUAUUGUUUAAACAUGGAUAAACGCACAUCUGUUAGAUGAGCACCAAUGUGUGCUUUGUAUUCGAGAACCUAUGAGGUUUAUCUGCAAGAACAAUGACCCAUGUCUGUCAAUAAAAGCCUAAAUGAAAUUACUCAGACGGAAA